ACGCCUCCAUCCUGCGUCCCAGCGCUCCUAUAGGCUUGGCCCAAAGGUAGCGGAGAGGCUGGGAGCUUUAUAAACAGCCACUCUGCCUAGCUGCUUCUCUUUCUGGUUCUAAAUAACACAAAUCAAAAUGCCCAGCAAGAGGAAGAAGAACAAGCGUCGCAUGAGGAGGGUGCAAGCCCAGAGGAGAGCACUCGAAGAGCAACAUGCAGCCAAUCCACCAACCAAAGCCAGCCCAGGGACCGCAGUCAGUGCACCCCCGACAACUACUCCCACAAAAGUGCCUGAACCUGCGUCUCCCCCUUCAGAAAACAAACCACGGGUCAUUCCCAUCACUGUUCCUGUUGUGCAGACUCCCAAAGUGGAACCACAGCCGGCGGUGAAAGAACCUGUUGCCGAGCCAGUCCAGGCCGAAGUAACGACGAAAGAGCCGGAUGUUGAGUUGUUACUGCAGGUUCCUGCAGAAGUGGAAGUUGAGAUCCACCCGGAGGUUGAGGCUGAAGCUCACAUCACUGAAGCACCACUAGUUGGAUGGACGCCACCAGUUGAGUCUGUUACAGAUGAAGCAGGCGUAGGACAGGAGGCUGAACUUGAUGUUCCUGAACCAGAACCGGUAAAUGAGAUCAGACUUCCAGAUGAGGCUCCAGUGGGGGCUCCUGCAGCGACUGAAACAGUGGACGUCGUAUCAAUACCAGAGACUGAACAGACGCAUGACGUCCGUGCACCAGAGGCUGAGAUCCUCUCAGAGGAAGUCACCGAGGAUAAAGUGGAACUGGAGGUGGCCGUCACAGAAGAUGUCUCAGUACCAGAACAUGUGAGGGAACCCAGUGAAGAUCCAGCAGUUGAAGAUCUUAGCAAUCACGUUUCAGCCGAAGCAGAAGCUGCUGCAGAUGUGGCUGAUGGAUCGAUGGUGGCGGCUGUAGCAGAGAGACCUGAACUUGAACAGGAGUCACCGAGCCCUGCAGCUUCGAUUCAGGAGGAGGUGUUGGAAGACGCAGCUGCAGAGGAGGCUCCUGUCCUGUCUGCAGGAAUCCCAGAGCAGGUGAAGGAAGCUGAAGUUAGUGAAACCAAAGAGGUCGGAGCCGGAGUUUGUCUUCAUGACUAUGAGGUUGAUGAUGUCACAGCACGUGCUCGGCCUGCAGAGGGCGCUCUAACAGCAUCAGCUGUCAUCCAGCAGGAGUUUAUCAUCGCUGGAACAGAGUCCAGAGACGUGAGUCCUGCUGCUGCUGCACCUCCAGAGGACGAGGUCUCUAGUAAUUCUGCUGAGCAGACGAGUCUGAGCGCCUCAUCAGAGGAACCAAAGACAGAAGCCUGUGAUGCAACGUGUCUCAUUCAGCUCCCGGUGAAGUCUGUGCAGCUCGGUUCAGUGGAAAUUUCAGUGGAAACAGCUCUGAAUGGACACAUUGUUCCAGAAGUUUCAAUUGAAGGCUAGAGAUAAACCACAAAUCUCAGGAGACCUUCGUUUUCUGUGCCCUGUUCUAUUUAGUUAUUUCGGAGGACUCAAAACUUCCCGGGGCGUCAACCAGACCUGUUUCAUUUUUUAAGGCAUCGGACAAAAACGGCCAGGAAAUCGAAGGGAUAUCCAUACUUUGAAGUGCCUUUCCUGCCCCGGGUUCCGUUGAAACAUUCAAUCCAGAUGUCACCGUGCAGAGGCGGAGGCUCUCAAGGCAGCAGCGGAGAUGCAUGGAUAGAAACCAGCCGUGGCUCAUUUUAACCACACAGAAAAGCCACACGGGGAAUUUGGGUGUGCUGUGACGCGAAGAUGUUUAAGAGGUCAAACGCUCUUAAGAAAAAGAAAAAGGUGACAUUUUUUUAUCAUGUUUCUAUUUCUGCCUCCAAAUGGCAAACACAGGUUGCAUUUUCUAGGCGCUGCAACAUUUCCGAUCAGUUCUGAUGUUUUAAUGCUUAUUAGAAAAGGAAAUGUCUUCCUCGUUCACUUUUUUCCCUCACUUGGUCUUUUAUAAACCUCCAAACAAGCUCAACCACCUUCCCUUUGUCCCUCACCCUCUCCCUCCUAAGUGCCAACGCUAACACGGGUGUGAGGAUAACAAUCAAAUCAUAAAGUUUCUUCUUUUUAAGUGUUUUUGUAAAGUCGGAGUGAAGCAGAAGUGUUUUGAUGUUAAAGCCGACGAUGCUGAGGGGAGAUGAGCUGACAGGAGGGUGACUGUCGAGCUGUAGGCCGUCUCUGUCUUUGAAAUAAAUCUGUAACUCACCGUGA